AUGGCCACCGAAACGCCUCCAUCCGCCGAAACUGGUGAAGCAGAAAUCGUCGCCAGCUCAAUCGGUGCGCAAGGGGCGCAUGACAAGGCGGCAGCAAGGAGGUCAUUUCUAGGCCUCGGCCUGGCACCAAACUCUGACGCAGCUCAUACGACAUGGGCCAGCUCAAAUAGCUGCAGCAGCUGCCUGUACCACCGCUUGCUCCUGUCAAACUCGCGGCAACAGCAUCUUUUCCACCUUCAGCAGCAGCGAGGACACCAUGCCGAAACUGCAGAACACGUCGAUCGAGGUCAACACUACAACAAAACACGUCGAUAUCAGAGCACCAUGAGACAUCGCGAGUGCCAUUUGGUCCAUGAGUUCCCAGAGUUCCAGGAAACCCCAACAUCGUCACGAGGCACGAGCCGAAGCCGAAGCCCACAAUUGGUCCAAACGUACAUCAAGUCUUUGCGAAGAUGCUCAGAUGAACGACGGGCGUCGAUGGACGGGUUUUCAUCUGUAGCCAGGGAGGAGUUCGAAGCUCUGCCUCCGGCUAUCCAACGCAAGUACUUCUCCACGCAAGAACGACUACGCAUCGUACAACGCCCGCAUCAUAAGCACGUUGGCAAACCCUCCUUGGACAGAUCUGAUAUCCUUUCCAAAACGCGUCUCCCUUACGACGCCGCCCAAGGCACACACCCCACACUUGGGCUUGGAUUUGGUCGCCACGAGCUGGCAAGCGCACCGCAUCGCCGAGCCAAAGCUGGGAAUACUUCAGCACGGGUAUAUGCCCACCCACACAAGAGGACUGCCAGGUUGCGUCAAACCGGAUCCGGCGAGUCGGCUGCACUGCGCCUCGGGAAGUGUGUGAUUUUGGACGCGGCUGAAGAGUCGAUUAUCCGGCUCGGAAAGCGUCACAAAGGAGGUAUUGAGCACGAGAUUGUGCCAAACGACCCUGGUUCGGCCAGGCCAACGCCUAGAAAUAUGGUCUCGUUUGCCCCCGACGCUGCGGCCGCGGCCGGAUCGGACGCACCUUCGGCCGCAGAUUCCAUGUUUGAGUCGUUUCGAUGGUUGGAAGCGGGCGAAGACCUAGACCUGCGACUACUACUCGACGACGGUCGCUUCCCUUUGGGCGAGGGAAAUGUUUCAACUCAGGCCAAGAAAAUCCCGUACUCCAAGCGACGUCUUUCCAUGGCAAAACUCCCCUUUGCCGGCCGCACCUCUACAACACUGAGCAGGCCAGCAUCCAAGGAUGCCUCGGCGACGUGGUCUUUUAUGGUGCCGCCAAACCCAUCAUCUGCGCCUGCAUUGCCACCACCACAAGGCCAUGUCCGGAGGAGGUCUCGGGCGCUAUCCCUCAUCACGCCCAUCAAGCACUCGCUUCCCAACUCGGCAGCCUUUGUAGAUUCAGCAGCAGCGCAUUAUCAAGACCCGGAUGCCAGGAUGAAGCUUCGGGUGUACUUGGCCUCGCCACACAAGUUUGAUGAAGCCGUCGAAUUCGGCUUUCCCUCGAUUGACGAAGUUGAGAGCAAGGGAUUCUUGGAGCAUAAGAGGCCAGUGCCGCCCAAGGCCGGAGCGACGGGGCUGGUGGAGCUGCAGCCUUGUGAAGAGAAGAAAGGUUUAAUGCUUGGCGGCGAGGCUUCCACGGCGGAGAUGGCGUCACCCGGGACGCCGGAGGCUGCUGCUGCUGAAGACGACGCGCCACGGGCAAGGCCGACUGACCAGCACGACGACGCUGAGACGAUGACGACGACGGCCAGGGUGGAAUAUGCUCAGGCACCCGUAGCGUGCCGCGAGAUGACGCUCCGCAUGACUCUGACGCGGCCAGACCUCCGAGCCAACGAAGAGCAAAUGUACGGAUGGCAAAAGACGCCGAGCGGGCGCAAGUCGUCGGUGACGAAGGACGAACCUCAGUCGCCCACAAGCCUCGUUAGAAAUGGUCACUCCAAGGAAAGCAUUGAGCGACAGUUUGCAGCCCUGGAUCAGGAAGAUUUGUUGGCAAGCGAGAACGGCGUCAUGAGGAGGUUCUGGAACCGUAUGCGUCGGUCUUGA